GCUUUUAGAGGUAAAGAUUCACUUGAUUCAGGAAUUGCUGGUAGAACUGGUAUAAUUUUAUGAGAUGAGAUGUUCCAAUACACAAUUGCAUUUAUGUCACUUGUAAGCUUUUCUCGCUCAAAUUCAAACAUGGCAAUCCAAUUUGGACCAGCUGAAAAGUUCUGCAAAUCUCUUCUUAGUCUAUGCUACUCCCGUUUCCUCUCUGCCACCUUUCACUCGAUUCCUGCCUCACACACGCUCGAAGAAUCAAUCAAAGCUGCAGUUGAAACAGAAGCUUAUGAACAAAUUCCUGACCUCCUGUCCACCCCCACAACUAUUCCACCACAGCAAAAGUCUAAUCCCUUCUCCUUCCUAUCUUCUUUCCCUGAUCACCUCAGAACCAAAGUCAUUGAUAAAAUUCUCCAGUCCUUUCUCCAUCUUAGACCACGCUCUCGGACUAGAACUGCUUAUGAGUAUCUCCUCUCCCACACUCUUGCAAACCCAAAUCCUCUUCCCCUUGCCCUUGCGAUCAUUCAACGCAUUCUGCGCUCUGGCUGCACACCAGUUCCCCAAACUCACCUCUCCCUAUCGUCUGCAUGGCUUGACCACCACCAAACCCAAUCUGUUGCGGAUAUCUUGAAUGAUAUGCGAUCGAUUGGGUACCACCCUGAUUGCAACACAUGUAAUUACCUUCUUUCAUCCCUAUGUACUGUUGAUCAUUCAGCCGAGGCAAUUAGGGUUUUGAAGGGCAUGGGUGGGGCUGGAUGCAAUCCUGAUUCAGAGAGCUAUGGGACAGUUAUUGGGGUAAUGUGUAAGGCCAGGAAGACUGGUGAUGUAGCUGAGCUGAUGAGCGAAAUGGUUACAAAAUUUGGGUUGAUGCCGAGGCAAGGGAUAGUCAUUAAGGCAGUUGCAGCAAUGAGAGCAAACAGGGAGAUGGUGAGAGCUGUUGAGAUGAUUGAGUUGUUGGAGAAAGAGGGUUGCAGCAUUGGGUUUGAGGCUUAUGAGAUGGUGGUUAAGGGAUGCCUAGAGAGGAGAGAGUUUAUUUUGGCCGGAAAGGUGGUGAUGGAAAUGGCAGAGCGAGGAUUUAUACCUUACAUCAGAGUCAGGCAAAGGGUGGUUGGAGGGCUUGCUAGUGUUGGUGAAGGUGCUCUUGCCUCUGUUGUGAGACAAAGGUUUGCAGAUUUGAACUCCUAGCUGCUAAAGCACUACUGGCUAAAGGAGCACAAUUACACACAUGCAAUGCACAGCUUACCUUAUACAGCAGUCUCUUCUCACAUACAGGAUUUGUGUUCUGAUUUUUCAGCAUUUAGUGAGAGAAGCUGGGCUGAAGUUUCACAACUAUUAAAAGAUUAGCGGGUUAUAGUGUUCAUAUCUAUGGGCACAAAAAAAGCGAGAGAAGUGGUUAACAUGAUCAUGUUAAAAAGUUUGGUGGCUUAUGCUGUAGAUUGUUUUUAUGUUUUCAUACAACAGGUUUGGAAGU